AUGGAAGCAUCACACAGCAUCGUCAACGGUAGCAGUGACAGUGAUACUGACCCGCAACCUCCCGCACUAAACGAACUGCAGGUGGACUCUUCUAGAGUAUGUGAGGAAAGGCCGUGGUUCAACUUUCUCUCCUCCUUCCUUGCAAAUUUCUAUCGCUGGUGGUGGCACAGGACGAAAGACAUAUACCGACAUGUAUCAUGGGCGGAAGUGUCGGGGAGCUGCGGAGACCUGGGAACGUUUAUACCUUUGUUUGUUGCUCUGGCUCAACAACGCGUGAUUCACGCAUCCGCCGCACUCUGGUUCGCCGGCUUGGCAAAUUUUAUAACCGGUUACACUUGGGACCUACCUAUGCCGGUUCAGCCAAUGAAAGCCAUCGCAGCAGUAGCGUUGAUCGACGAACUUUCUCUUCGGCAAGUCACAACAGCCGGGAUUUGGAUGGGCGCUUUUCUCACGAUAUUGGGAGCCACAAAUGGGAUUGAGCUUGUUCAUCGAGUCGUUCCAAGAUCAGUUGUGUCAGGAAUGCAACUCGGAGUUGGCCUCUCGCUUAUGGUACACGGUUGGACAUGGAUCACCGAGCUAUCUUGGUGGGAUCUAGACGGGCGCUGGCUAGCGGUUGUCUGCUUCGUCACAUCAUACUGGGGGCUGCGCUCUAUACACUCGGAUUCUGUCGAGACGAAUGGGUUGAGAUCAGCUCAAGAAAGGCCCCUUCGACCAAUUGGAUUAUUUCUGUUUGGAUUAGGAGCUCUGUUAGCUGUAUUUGGGUUAUUAUCAACAACCACAACGGGAGGCAGUCAGCCUUUGCCAGGCUGGUCCACGGCGCCAAUCGCAACUCUAGCAAUACGGGGAACAAAUUGGAAUGAUUGGAGCACUGGCUUUUGGCAAGGGGCCUUGCCCCAGUUACCUUUGACAACUCUAAAUUCUGUUAUAUCCCUAUGCUGCUUGGCGUCGACACUUUAUGUCCCGGAUUCUUUAAUUGAAGCCGAAUCCCAUCCAAUUGCUGCUUCUUCGAUUCUUUCACCUCGAAAGGUUUGCUGGAGCGUCGGUCUAUUGAACUUCCUCCUCUGUCCUUUUGGGGCCAUGCCAAGUUGUCACGGAGCGGGAGGACUUGCAGGUCAGCACAAAUUUGGCGCUCGACACGGAACCUCUGUAGUUAUCCUUGGCUCUGUAAAGAUGUCAUUGACCCUUAUUUUAGGAACUUGGCUGGUUCCUUUUCUGGAUCGGAUUCCUCUGAGUGUGUUGAGUGUCUCGAUAAUUGUCGCCGGUCAAGAACUAGCCGCUACAGGAAUUCUGUUGCUGUCAAAGCCAAUGACUAACGUCCCGAAUACAUCCAGCAAUUUGCACUGUGACUUGGGUAUGCUGCGAGUGGAUUUGGCUACAUGUUUAUGUACAACAUCGGUCAUUCUCGGACUUAAGAAAACCCAUUACGGCGCUCUUUGUGGGCUUUUGGUACAUGUGAUCUAUGGUCCGGGAUGGGCAUUAUUUCGCCGGGUCGAGAGCACGGCAAGUCCUGGUGUCUAUAGUCCGCUGGACCAAUGGAAUA